CAGGAUCCAUCCGUUAAUUCUCAUUUCAUCGGCCUCGACAAACGCCCCUCCUUUCAAUCCGAUCGGCACACCCUCCCUGCCAGAACAAAGAAUCCCCGGUCGGAAUGUCCAAAAAACUCCAAAUCACACUCACAACGAGCUUCACGCUCCUGGAGCAAUUCCAGCAAGCGAUCUCCUCACAUACUGGCGACAUAGCCUCCGCCGAGCUUUCGGGAAAGGAUGCGUUACCCCUCCUAUCGGCCUCGUCCACGGCCCUGAGAGCGCAAGUCACCAAGCUUUCCCUAGUCACCAUUACAUCUCCAUUCACCCCUUCCGCCGUAACGACCGUCCUCGCUGCUUUGAAUGAAUCAGUGCUGCCGUCCUUGGCCACUGCCGCUCUCCUCGUCACCCCGGCCGAGCACACCAAAGCCUUUCAGAACGAGGUGCAUGUCCUGGCAAAAACCGCGUUGAAGGAGAUUGCGGCGCUUCUUCAGGAGGUCCAGGUUGCCGCGAACAAGAAAGAAAGUGGGUUGUCGCAGCCGGAGAAGGACGCUGUCACCGUUGCCGCAGGGCGCUUGUGGGACUCUUGCGAUACCAUCAUCGACAUUGCGGCCAAGGGAGUGGUCGGAUUCGUUGUGCGACGUGUGGAGGAAUGGCGAGACCUUGUGCGGGACGCGGUUCGGGAGAUUGAGGAAUGGGAUCCUGAUGAGGAGGGUGAUGAGUUCUUCGACGAACUUUUGAGCGAUGACGAAAAGAACGACGAUGAGUCCGACGGAACAGACGACGACGAAGAUACCGCUGCACUGCAUGCGCAGAAAAAGUCCACUCUUCGGCUUUUGAAACCGCUCUCCCAGAUAUACUCCGCCAUCAUCGCGUACAGACUAAAGAAAGCCCCCCAAAAUUUGACAAUCAUCGACCGGUUGGAAUCCCUCAUGGAUCACCUACAAAACAUCCCGGGAUACGUGGAUGAGAUAGCGGGGGCGUUAUACGAAGCCGACCUGGAGAGAUCAGUCCAAUUUCUUUCCAAAGCGAAGAGCUGCGCCGUUAAGGCUGUCGACUUGGCAGCAUUGCCAUGGGAUGUGGUGGAUGGCGCCGAAAGUCAGCAGGAGAAAGAGGACAAGUUCACGGUCUGGUCUCAGACCUGGUCAAAGGUCUUGGUUGAAGUCAGCAAGUCCGUGUGGGACCCAACGCAGUCAACGUGAUUUUCGUCAACGUGAUUUUCGACCCCAAACAAGAUGGACGGGAAAGAAUCGCAAGGACAGGGUCCCAGUGUUUCCAAUCUGAGAAUAUGUUCAGCUAGAAGACAAGCUCAGAUUAUCACAAGAA